AUGCUGGUCCACCUACUGGUCAAGAACCACACUGUCUCCUUUGCCUCCUGCAUGACCCAGAUGUACCUAGUCUUCUGUGUGGGUGUGGCUGAAUGCAUCCUCUUGGCUUUUAUGGCCUAUGACCGCUAUGUUGCUAUCUGCCACCCACUUAAUUAUGCCCUAAUCAUGAGCCAGCAGGUCUGUGUAAGACUGGUGGGUACCGCUUGGUUCUUUGGGCUGAUCAAUGGCAUCUUUCUGGAAUACAUAUCAUUCCGGAAUCCCUUCUGCAAAGGGAACCAUAUAGAAAAUUUCUUCUGUGAGGCCCCCAUAGUGAUUGCUCUCGCUUGUGGGGAUCCCCUCCUCAGCAUGAAGGCUAUCUUUGCCGACGCCAUUGUGGUGCUGCUCAGCCCCAUGAUGCUCAUUGUCAUCUCCUAUGGCCGCAUCCUGUCCUCCAUCCUCGGCAGAGCCUCCUCCUCGGGAAGGGGGAAGACCUUCUCCACCUGUGCCUCUCACCUGACUGUGGUCAUCUUCUUCUAUACCUCAGCCAUGUUCUCUUACAUGAACCCCCGCAGCACACAUGGACCUGACAAGGACAAGCCCUUCUCCCUGCUCUACACCAUCGUCACCCCCAUGUGCAACCCCAUCAUCUACAGUUUCCGCAACAAGGAGAUGAAGGGGGCCAUGGUGAGAGCCCUGGGGAGGGCUGGGCUGACCCAGGCAGAGCCUAUCUAG